CAGGAGUCCUCGCCUAUAUAACGCGAGCUAGCACCCGUCUCCAUGCACAGCAUACCAUCCGCAACAAGGAUAUAUUGACCUACAGCUAAUCGCUUGUACGAGGUAGCCACAGCGGCUUGGGAUUCGUAUACACACAUAGGUAGGCAUGGGCACCAGCAACGCGCGAUGGCUGAUGGUCGUGUCGUGUCUGGCCGUCAUGGCCCUGGCGGCCGGAGCGCGCCGGCCGAGCAUCGAUGACGACGCUGCGCCCGCCCCGGCACCGGCUCCCAUCAAGUGGGGAGUAAAGGCGGAGGUCCGCGGGUUCGCGAGGGCGGACGGGACGCGGUUCACGGUGGGCGGCCGGCCGUUCUACCCGAACGGCUUCAACGCCUACUGGCUCAUGUACAUGGCGUCGAACCCCGCCGACCGGAGCAAGGUGCUCGACGUGCUGGACCAGGCGUCCCGCCUCGGCGCGACGGUCAUCAGGACGUGGGCCUUCAGCGAUGGCGGCAGCAACCGUCCGCUGCAGACCACCCCCGGCGUGUACAGCGAGGACGUGUUCGUGGGACUAGACUUUGUGAUCGCCGAAGCGAAGAAGCGAGGGCUCUACUUGAUCCUGAGCCUGGUGAACAACUGGGGUGACUUUGGCGGGAAGAGACAACAGUAUGUGCAGUGGGCCAAAGACCAGGGCCACAACCUGGGCUCCGACGAUGACUUCUUCAGGGACGCCCUCACCCAGCAGUUCUACAAGGAGCACGUCAAGGUCCGGCCGUCCAUCGUAUCAUUUGUGUGUUUUGUGUGUGUGGAACAGAGGGUGCUGACGAGGAUCAACAGCUUCACGGGGGUGGCGUACAAGGACGAGCCCACCAUCUUUGCAUGGGAGCUGAUGAACGAGCCCCGCGUGCUGACCGACCCCUCCGGGAAGACCAUGCAGGCCUGGGUGGCGCUCAUGUCCUCCUACGUCAAGUCCAUCGAUGACAAGCACAUGGUGGAGGUCGGCCUCGAGGGGUUUUACGGCGAAUCCACGCCCGAGCGCAAGCGGUUCAACCCUGGCGGAGACUCCGCCGGCACCGACUUCAUCGGGAACAACCGCAUCCCCACCGUCGACUUCGCCACCAUCCACUACUACCCCGACGUGUGGCUGCCGGGUUCGACCGGGGAGCAGCAGGUGGAGUUCUGGAAGAAGUGGAUGGCAUCGCACAUCGAGGACACGGCAAAGGCGCUGCGGAAGCCGCUGGUGGUGGCUGAGUUUGGAUGGAACUCCGUCGGCAACGCGGUGACGGCGCGGGACGACUACUUCCGCAUGGUGUACGACGCCAUCUACGCGUCUGCGAAGAGGGGCGGGCCGUGCGCUGGGGGCCUCUUCUGGCAGGUCUUGGCGCCCGGGAUGGAGAGCUGGACCGACCGCUACGCCGUCGUGCUUGAGCGCAGCUCCACCACCGCCGCCAUCGUCUCCCAGGAGUACGCUAGGAUCGGCAGAAUCACGCCGUGAGUCUAGCUUGAGUAGAUGCAUCCACGGGUGCGUUCCGCCUCGCCCGCGCGUUGGGGGAACAGCCUGCAGGAAGCAAGGACCCACGAGUCGUGUUAGGAUAGUUGCAAUCGUCUAAUUAGGUCAAGAUUGCUCACAAAUAAGGCUAACAUAUGUAGUGGCAUACCAAGGAAUGAG